ACUUUUCUAUUUUACUUGAGCACCGUCGCUUCACACAGGUGCUAAAAUGUAUUUUUUACUUUCAGUUGUAAGUUUCACUUUGUUUACACCAUCGGUUUUCGGCUACUAUCCAGAAAGAUACCACUCAGUUCCAAAUUAUGUAACAACCCCUAAUUACACGGACUAUAUCUUGCCAACCGAUUUGCACCCUACUAGUUACAAUCUUAAAAUACAACCGAAAUUGCCUGAAUAUGCAUUUUCUGGUGAAAUCGAAAUUCAAUUUGUUGUGAAAACCUCUACAGAUAAAAUUGUUAUCCAUGCAAAUCCAGAUUACAUCACAGUAAAGAGCAUCUCUGUAAGCUCAGUAUCUCAAGAUCUUGUUGUUGUUACAACUCAGACAAACUUAACAUAUGAGUUUUUAACUAUAAACCUAAAUAGCCCAAUGACUGUCGAUAGCACAGUCACUGUCAAUAUCAUCUAUGAUGGGAUCCUCGGGAAGAACAUGCUUGGCUUCUACAUGACGUCCUACAACUCAUCCACAGGCAUGCAACUUAUGGGAAUCACACAGUUUGAGUCUACAUAUGCUAGACGUGCAUUUCCUUGCUUUGAUGAGCCAGCAUACCGUGCUCCAUUCUCCAUCAACAUUUUGCGUACUGCUGACCAGAUCACUAUGUCCAACAUGAAUAUAAAGGAAAGUACCCUAGACCCUACCACGAAUAUGACACUAGAUGUGUAUGAAGUAACUCCAUCGAUUCCCACCUACCUUGUUGCGUUUGGGGUGACUGACAAUCAGUUUGGAGUUAAAUCGGACGAUAAAGCGUUUAAAGUGUUUGCACGUGAAGCAGCCAUAAAUGACUCUACCUAUGUGGUACAGAUGGGCCAGUCUAUUUUGGACACCAUUGGUACUUUUGUAGGAGUUCCAUAUCCUCUGCCCAAGAUGGAUGUAGUAGCAGUGCCUGACUUUGAUGCUGGAGCGAUGGAGAACUGGGGACUUACAACUUACAGGGAGAAAUACGUACUGUAUAAUUCUGCUAAGAACAGUUUAAGAGACAAGUUCGGUGUGUUAUCAGUUGUUGCUCAUGAGUUUGGCCAUCAGUGGUUUGGUGACCUGGUAACCCCUGACUGGUGGAAUUAUGCGUGGCUCAAUGAGGCUUUUGCUACUUACUUUGAAUACACUGUUCCAAAUGAGUUGGAGAAAAAUUGGACAAUAGGGAGCACUAUGUAUGUGGUGGCAGCUGUGCAGUACGCUCUGGACAUAGAUAUAGGCAGUCCUAGGGCUAUGACUUCAAAUGUCUGGACACCAUCUCAGAUAGACAACAGCUUUGACUAUGUUAUAUAUGAGAAAGGUGGAUCAGUACUCCGAAUGAUUGAAAACUUUUUGACCACUGAUGUUUGGAGACAGGGAUUGAAAUCCUAUCUUACGGCUAAUCAAGAUGGCACAGGCACUCCAGAGAAGUUGUUCUCAGCACUAGUGGCUCAAUCUAAAGAUGCAGCCAUUAUCAAUGACACCCUGGAGGGAUGGACAACUCAGCCUGGAUAUCCUCUCAUCACGGUCACUUCCAGCCAGGUUGGAACCGAGAACAUCACAUACAUCCUUUCUCAGAUGCCAUACGCACAGUCGAACACAUCCAGCUACAUGUGGAAUGUGCCAAUUGUAUACACAAGCCAAAAUGAGAGCCAGUUUGACCCCGCCCAGGCUCAAAAGCACUGGUUGUACCCCUCUGAUAACACGACCAACGAACUUGUUGUUAAAGACAAUGGCUGGCUCAUCGUCAAUGUUGAUCAGAUUGGAUUCUACAGAGUGAACUACGAUGCUCUCAACUGGAACAAACUCAAGAACCAGCUGGACUCCAACUUUAAACAGAUCAGCAGCAUCAACAGGGCCCAGAUAAUUGAUGAUGCUCUACACUUGGCUCGGACUGGUCAUUUAGACUAUUCUACAGCAUUUGGACUCACUACUUACCUUCCAAAGGAGACAGAACUGGCACCCUGGAAUGCCUUCUUUGUCAACAUGAGGUUCUUGAUCAACAUCUACUACAACACUAACGUUGGUGACACUCUACAGGAUUAUGCUCGCAGGACUAUGCUUCCUCCCUUUCAAUUCCUUUUGAACAAUCUUGAAGCAAACAAAGAUAACUUCUUGUUUACAACGACAGUGGCAGCAGCAGGGCUCUUUUCUUGUGAAGUUGGUCUUCCGGAUUGUCAAACUUUUUCCAAGACAGUGUUUGACGAAUGGCGCAGUAAUAAGACCUAUGUGAUCCAACCUUUUGUGAAGCAGACUGUUCUUUGCACUGGCCUUCAAAUGGAGCCCACUGUAGAAGCUUUUAUGGAUGUUUGGUCAUUUUACUUGAAUUCUGAUAAUGCUGCUGAGAAGCUUCGAAUAAUGUACGCAAUGGGCUGUGUAACUAAUACUGAUGCCAUCAAAAUUUACUUAGAUGCUGUGACCGACACAUCUGCCAAUUACGUCCGCUUGCAAGAUCGUUGGAUUGCUUUCCGAUCACUCGCUGGUUACCAGACUGGUGUAAUACCAGUACUGCAAUACAUUGCUGCUAAUUACACACGAGUCAGUGAGGCCUUGGGUCCAAGGAUUUCUGCUGUUAUUUCCACCAUAUCUCAAUUAAUUACACAAGAUUCACAAAUAAAAAUUGUGCAUACUUUACUGAACGACACCAAUGUGGAUGCUGAACUAAAGAAACAGUUGCAAUCUGUUGUGAUCCCAGCCAUUGACAAGCGGCAGGCUUGGGCAUCUACCCCUCAGGCAAUGUCCCUCUCGAAGUGGGUUGAUGACUAUGUCAAAUCUUCUUCAUCAGUCUCCAUUAUCAACAUCAUUCUCUUGUUGGUAUCUGCUUCAGUUCUGUUGCUUAAAUGAAUGUAAUUUUGUAGUUGUGUCUAAUCAUUAAUUUUUAAAGAAUAAACGUGUGUGAAGUU